AUGAAUUUACAAGAUCAGAAACAGAAUAAAAAAACUACUAAUAAAGAUCAGGGUAAUGAUCCUAUUUAUUCUUUAUUGGAUAUCUAUGAUAUUAAUAGAUUGAUAAAUAUUGGCGCAAGUAAAGGUAAGCCCCUACAUUUACACGAAAAUGAUAAUUUUAGUCUCAACAGUAAUACUGAAAUUGCUGCUGCCAAUAACACAAAUUGUGUUUCCAGUGCUAUAAAUACUAACGAUAAUGUUGCUGCUACGACCAUUUCUUCUUCAGGCAAUAACAGAAAUAGAAGAAACAGAAGAAACAGAAACAGGAAAAAUAUAAUUUCAGAUAUUAUAGAGACGGAGAAUAUGACUAGCUUUCAAAAUUCUGCUACUAGUGCUACUGCCAUUGCUGCAAAGAAGAAGAGGCGAACAGGAAAACAUGAUAUCAAUGUUUCCCCACAGGGUAACAAUUUCCCCAUAAGCAUCACUUUUAAAAAAUAUAUGACUGACGUUAAAAGUUGUACAAAUGUCAACAGCAAUAACACUGAAUAUUUAAUAUUAAAUUAUUUUAUAAUCAGCUGUUUUGAAGAAUCUACCAUAAAACUGUUAUGGAAAAUAAAUAAUAGUGUCUACAGCAACAAUUUCUUAACAGGUGACACCAACAACAGUUUCAACAAAGAAUCAGAUGCCUUUGUUAGAUUAUAUAAAAUUAGAGAAAGGUUAACUAUUAUGAAUUUAAUAAAUAAUGGAGAUGUUUUGAAAAGUAUCGAAGCUAUUGGCGAUUUAUUUGGUGUUUUAAUAUUAGAACAAUUGAGUAAUGAGUAUAGUUCUUCUGGUGUUGAUGUUAGUAAUCCACCUGUUAAAGAUACCAGUGGCAAGGAUAGUGAAACCGCUCAAUUUGAUAAAGAUAUUUUAGAAUUGGAUUUAUUUUAUAAACUAUUAUUACUACAUAUGAUUGAAACAAUCAAAAAGUAUAAAUAUGAGCAAUACAAAGAUAGGGACGAUUGUACAAAGGACAAUGAUGAGGAGAAAUUUAUCAUGGGUCUAAUGAAUUUUUCGAGGGAAAAAUUAUCAACCAGAUGUUUGACAAUAUUACCUAUCACUAGAAGAAAAAAGUACUUCAAAUUUUUACAGUAUGUAAUGAUGUUAUUACUAUAUCCUUCAAAGAAAUUAAUUACUGAUUUUAUGAAUGGGAAAUUACCUAUUGUAUUGCAAAAGCUAUUUGAUUCCGAAUUUAGAUUAAAAUUGAGCGAAGAGGUUAAUUAUAAAUUGCUAAAAAUUAUUUAUCCUGAUAUUGUAAGUAAUUCUAAUAUUAAAAAGUGGCCUGUUUUUAUAAAUAUGUGCACCUCUACGGCUGGUGGUUAUCCUAGCGGUAAUAAUAAUAAUAAUAAUAAUAAUAAUAAUAAUAAUAAUAAUGAUGAUGAUGAUGAUGGCGGUGGUGGUAACAAUAAAGACGUUUUCUUUGAAAUUGGUAAACUAGUUGAUCCAUUCGGUAAAAAUAUAAAUAGUAAUAUAAUUACCAAUCCAAUAUGGAAAAGAUCUAAUAGCCUCGUCAAUAGCAGUACAAAUAAUGUUGCUUAUAAUUCAACUACAACUGUCAGCAAUAGUGGCACCCUAUGCGAACCGAACCUAGUACAGAUAUUUAAAUUAUGGCAAUGGGGUAGAAAUGAAGUGCUGAAUAAUAGAAACGAAAAGAAGCACAAUGUACCGCCUUUAUAG